AUGGCUGAACCACCACCGCCUUGCGAAGCCGCCGAGACGGACAUGUGCGGCAACAUGCACAAGAUCGACCACCUGCGCAGGGAGAUUGCCAGGCGCGAGACGGAGCUCGCGGAGCUCAAGUCGCGGCUCGCCGUGGCGGAAUCCGAGGAGAGGGCCCAGAAGCAGCAGCACGAGCGAGACGACGACGGCGGCGGCGAGACGGCCUGGCGAUGGCCGCUUGAGGAGCAUGACUAUGAGCGGUAUGGAAGGCAGAUGAUUGUGCCGGGCUUUGGCUUGCAAGCACAGCUUAGACUCAAGAAGAGCAGGAUCCUGAUCGUGGGCGCGGGCGGCUUGGGGUGUCCCGCCGCGGCGUACCUUGCGGGGGCGGGCGUCGGCACGUUGGGCCUUGUUGAUGCGGAUGUGGUUGAGGUGUCGAACCUGCAUCGUCAAGUCGCGCAUGCUACGUCGCGUGUUGGCAUGAGCAAGGUGCUGAGCGCCAUUACCUACCUGCGCGAGCUCAACCCAACCAUCACAUACCGCAGCCACGAGGAGGCCCUCACGCCGCGCAAUGCCCGGUCCAUCGUCUCGCAGUACGACCUCGUGCUCGACUGCACCGACCACCCGACGUCGCGGUACCUCGUGUCGGACGCGUGCGUGCUGCUCCGCCGCCCGCUCGUCUCCGCGUCGGCCUUCCAGACGUCGGGCCAGCUCGUCGCCCUCAACAGCCCGCCCGGCCGCGGGCCCUGCUACCGCUGCGUGUUCCCGCGCCCGCCCCCGCCCGAGAGCGUCGUGGGCUGCGGCGAGGGCGGCAUCGUGGGGCCCGUGGUGGGCGUCAUGGGCGUACUGCAGGCCCUGGAGGCGAUUCGGAUCAUUUGCGCUGGCGGGCUCGAGGAGGAGGUGGAGGAGGAGGAGCACUCCGCUGCUGCUGCUGCGGCUGUGGGAGGAGUCAAGGCGGCAGAGGCGAAGCAGCGGCCUGACAAACCUGCGGAGCAUAGGCUGCUCAUCUUCAGUGCCAUGGGCGGCGAUGGGCCGUCAUUUCGGUCUGUACGCAUGAAAGGCCGGCGGGCCGACUGCUUUGCCUGCUCGGACAAGCCCGGGUUGAGCCUUGAGUUCCUCGAAACGUCAGCCGAUUACGUGCAGUUCUGCGGCGUGGCGCAGCCCGUGUCGCUGCUCGCGCCUCACGAGCGCGUCUCGGUGGAUGAAUACCGCCAGAUACGCGCCGCGCAACAGCAGCAGCAGCAUCAACACCAGGACCAGCACACCCAACAGCGGCAGCAUCUCCUCGUCGACGUUCGGCCCGCGGAGCAGUUCAGCCUCGGCAGCAUCCCCGGCGCCGUCAACGUGCCCAUCAGCCGCUUCAACCGUGGGGAGCCCAUGCCGGAGCUUGACGACGUGGCGCGCGAGGGUGUGCCCGUAUACUUUGUGUGCCGCGUGGGCAACGACUCGCAGAUUGCGGCGCGCAAGUUCAAGGAUCAGCACGGUCUGGAAAAGGAUAAGGAGGGCGAGACGUUCAUCGGGGACAUUGCGGGAGGGCUCAAGGCGUGGAAGGAUGCCUUUGACAGCACGAUGCCGUUCGUAUAG